GGUUUUUUGUUUAGUUCUAAUCUUAAAUCACUGAGGCUGUGUCAUCUUCCUUCAAAUAGCGCCAGGAGAGCGCUCCAGAUUCAGUCAUCCGCUUCCCCACCCGUUGUCCUGAAAAGUCUCAGCAUCCGCUUCUGUUCAGAACUUCCGUUGAUCUUAAGUACAACCUUUCAAAUCAAAGAAGCCCUCUAUUCCCUCGCCUAAAUAAUAAAAAGGUCCUAUCAAUCAUGAACCUGGAUUCGACACGGGUUCACUGGUCGACAUCUCCCACAUCUCAACAGGAAUUUCAAGCUUAUAACAAUCACCAGUUUAUUUCAACUGAACCCACAAACAUGUCUCAGCAACAGCAAUCCUUUCCUCCAGGCGCAGGUCCGAAUGACGCUCCUCAAGACCAAUACCCUCCAGGUCACGCGUACAGGAGGAGUCAGUCAAACUCUCCGUUCCGACACACCACACAUCCAUCACCGUAUCCACAACCAAACAUUCCACCAAUUCAACCUCAACCGGAGCUAAAACAGGAGUCAUACUACACCCCAACCUCCGCAGAGUUAUACACUCAUGCUCAGGUCCUCGCAUCCGGUGCAGCAGAGGGGUCUGCUUCCGCCCAUUACACUUCCCAAACCGCUAUAACUCGUCUCCCCCCUAUUCUACAAGUAGAGAAGAAGCAGGUCACCACAUCCGCAACACAGGCUGCAAGUGCAAGUAGGCGGAGAAAUGAAGCUCAUUUCGCCUGUCCGGUCCCGGGUUGUGGGAGCACAUUUACGCGUCGAUUCAAUCUUAGAGGUCAUCUUCGAUCUCACACCGAGGAACGUCCAUAUGUGUGCGAGUACCCCGAUUGUAAGAAAGGCUUUGCAAGACAACAUGACUGCAAGCGACAUCAAGCACUACACGCCACGCGCUCCCAAUCCAACAUCUGUCAGGGCUGCAAAAAGACCUUCAGUCGCCUGGAUGCCCUAAACCGACAUCUUCGUUCCGAGGGUGGUUCUGAAUGCAGACAGAUUGUAGAAGCCCAGCAGCAGGCUGCAGCACAUGCUCAAGCGAUCACACAAUCUCAGGGUCCUCCACUACCUGACCACCCUCCCGGCAAUCAACCAGGACCCAGCUCAAGCACUGCCGCCAGUUAGAGUUAGUGGUUGAGACCAUGGACAGUCGGACUCCCAGAACGCUUUUAGAUAUUUCUCUGUCAUGUUUUCAUGAUUCCUCUUUACACUCAGGAUGUAAGAUUACCUGAGCUAUAGGCUCAUCAUCAUUCAUUCCCACUGAUGUAUACACUCUUGUAUCGAUUCCUUGGGCUUACAGUUAAUAUACUUUGCUCUUAAUGUUACCCCCAAUCAUUAUUGCCA